UUGUCAGGUGCGACCAUGGAGGCCCUGGCUGAACCGCGGUGGCCUCCAGGGCUGGCGAUGAUGAAGAUGAUGAAGACAAUAGAUGAUUUGCUUCGCUGUGGGAUUUGCUUUGAGUAUUUCAACAUUGCAGUGAUAAUCCCCCAGUGCUCUCACAACUAUUGUUCUCUCUGUAUAAGAAAAUUUUUGUCCUAUAAAACUCAGUGCCCAACUUGUUGUGUGGCAGUAACAGAACCAGACCUGAGAAAUAACCGUCUUUUAGAUGAACUGGUAAGAAGCAUGAAUUUUGCACAGACUCGCCUGUUGCAGUUUGCCUUAGAGUCACCACCCAUAUCUCCUGUGUCUUCGGCCUCAAAGAACGUUGCUGUUAAAGUACAUAAUGCUGAAGCCAUUAAACAUCCUGUUAAACAGGGGAACAGGUUAAUGGACAAGUUCCUGGUUAGAGAAACUGGUGGUUGUGUAUCAGAGUUGUUGGGAAAAGAAAAUGACAGGAAAUUCAGCCCUCAAAAGGAGAUAAAUACCUCUGCUGAGAUUAAAGAGACAAGUCUCAUAGGAAAGACUGUACUUGGUCUUUCAGAUGCUAAUGGUCCUGUGACACCCUCUACAUCCACCGUGAAACUGGACUCUAAAGUGUCUUGUCCUGUUUGUGGGGUCAACAUUCCAGAAAAUCACAUCAACAAGCAUUUAGAUGGUUGCUUGUCACGUGAAGAGAAGAAGGAGUGCCUUAGAAGUUCUGCUCACAAAAGGAAGCCGCUGCCCAAAACUGUAUAUAACUUGCUCUCUGAUCGUGAUUUAAAGAAAAAGAUGAAACAGCAUGGCUUAUCUACUCACGGAAACAAACAGCAGCUUAUCAAACGGCACCAAGAAUUUGUACACAUGUACAAUGCCCAGUGUGAUGCUUUGCAUCCUGAAUCAGCUGCUGAAAUCGUCCAAGAAAUUGAAAACAUGGAGAAGACCAGGAUGCGCCUUGAAGCGAGUAAACUCAAUGAAAACGUCAUGAUUUUUACAAAAGACCAAACAGAGAAGGAAAUAGAUGGAAUUCACAGUAAAUAUCGUAAAAAGCAUCAAAAUGAAUUCCAGCUUCUGGUGGAUCAGGCCAAAAAAAGAUACAAGAAAACUGGCAUAAUGUCUAAAGCUAUAGUAAUAGGAAAAGAUGGACCUGUGGAGAAGCUGUCGUCUGCAAUCACAGGACAAGAAUAUAAUGUGAACUUGUCGGAAACAGUCUCAGUAACAAACCACUUUCCUCGGUCCAAACUGGACUCCCCAGGACAGUCGGAGCCUGAGAGACCGGAUGAUUCUUCUAAUUGUACUGAUAUUCUUCUCUCCUCAGAAUCAGAUUCAUGCAAUAGUUCCAGUUCGGACAUCAUAAGAGACCUUCUGGAAGAAGAGGAAGCCUGGGAAGCAUCUCACAGAAACUAUCAGAACAGAGAAAUAAACCCACAACAGAAUCACCGCACUAGAGCCACCGAAAGUGCUGAGAUUGAACCAAGAAACAAGCGGAAUAGGAACUAGUAUGGGCUUUUGUCAGCAUUUCCAUAUGGUGACCAGAAUAUGAUGUUUUUAUUGCCAUGUGUGCUUUCAUAUUUAGCAAUGCCCAGGGAAGAUGUUUAAUGCUAAAUAUAAUAAUUUAUUUUCAUUCUUCUUUGCCUUUCUAGAAAAAAAAAAAAAA